AUGUCUGCAGAAAAUCCUGAGGUCGAAAACUUGAAGAUGGAAGCGACCGAGGCGGAAGUCAAGUCUCGCAAGGAUCGUCCCACCGGCUCCAUUCACUUUGGAGAUACGGACUUUGACGUCGAAGAUGAAGUCGCUGAUGCUACGUGGUCCGAGGUUUGCCAAGCUUGCUGUGUGCAUUCUGGACAAGAGUGGGGCAUGAUCGCAGUCGGCAUUUUUUUGGUCGCUUUCUUCCUUUACUUUUUCCUCGUUGGUCUCGACAUGCUGGGUAACGGUGCCAAAGGUAUGUGCGGCUGCACUGCUGGAGAGCUGUUUGGGGAUGACACUAACCCUAUCGCCGGUCUCAUGAUUGGUAUUAUUGCCACUGUUCUGCUCCAGUCCUCUUCCACAACAACCUCCAUUGUUGUGUCUUUGGUUGGAUCGGCCGUUUCGGUCCGUCAAGGAAUCUACAUGAUUAUGGGUGCCAACAUUGGUACUUCGGUCACCAACACCAUUGUCGCUAUGGGGCAGAUGGGAGAUGGCGAUCAACUCGAGCGCGCUUUUGCUGGAGCAACUGUCCACGACAUGUUCAACUUUUUGUCAGUUGCUGUCCUGCUUCCGGUUGAGGUUAUCACUGGAUACCUCUACCGCCUCACCAAGGCUAUGGUCAAGAACGUCAACCUUGAGGACGGAGAGAGUUGGGACGGACCCAUUAAGAAAAUGGUUGAUCCUCUUUCCGAUAUGGUUAUCAUCUCGAACAGCAAGAUCAUCACUGCUGUGGCUAAGGGCACCGGCACCUGCGACGAAGGCGGUGGCUUUUAUCCUAUGAACUGUACCGAUUCUUCGUAUUUGGGAUGCGGUAAGAAAUUCGGUCUUAUCUCUUGCAACAAAGUCAGCGGCAAAUGCCCGGCUUUCUUUCAAGCUGAUGCCAGUGCAAAGGAUGAUAAGGUGUCUGGGGGCGUUGUUUUUUUCAUCUCGAUUGUGAUUUUGUUCACGUGUCUGGCCGGUCUCGUGACAGUCCUUCAAAAGAUGCUCCUCGGUAUGUCUACCCGUGUUGUUUAUAAGGCCACGGAUAUCAACGGAUAUCUGGCCAUUGCCAUCGGUGCUGGGUUGACUAUGAUUGUCCAGUCUUCCUCUAUCACUACGUCUGCGCUGACGCCCUUGGUCGGUAUGGGUGCCCUUCGUCUCGAACAAAUGUUUCCUUUGACGCUCGGAGCGAAUAUUGGAACAACCUUGACUGCCAUCAUGUCUGCCCUUGUCUCUGCCAGUCAGGAUUCUCUACAAGUUGCACUCGCCCAUUUGUUCUUCAACUUGACCGGCAUUCUCAUCUGGUAUCCAGUCCCUAUUAUGCGUCAAGUUCCGUUGAGUGCCGCCCGACGUCUCGGAAGGUUGACCCGCAUCUGGCGUGGGUUCCCGCUUGUCUACAUCGCGGUCAUGUUUUUGCUCAUCCCUCUGCUUUUGUUGGGUCUUUCGUCGCUUUUCGAUGACGGCAGCAAGGGUCUCACUGUGCUUGGUUCGUUCCUCACAAUCCUGCUAGCCCUGGUGCUGCUCUAUUCGGUCUACUGGUUCCGUUACAAGGACGGUAGCCAGAAGUGCUCGGACUGCAUGGCGGAACGUGAAAAGAAACGUUUGGUCAUCAAGGAGCUUCCUGAAGAUAUGAUCUACCUCAAGGAACACAUGAAGCGCCUUAUUGAGCACACCGGUCUUCCCGAGGACGAAGAAGCUGGUGAAGCAAAGGAUCUUUCACCGGAUACUUCGGACUCAGAUGAGGUUGCAGCUUAA